UGUUAAGUUAAGUAAUCAAGUUGGAUUGGAACUAGAAAGAUUGUCAAACUUUUAGACGUUAGUUGAGGAUUUGAGAUGGUAUCUCAUAAGGAGAUUCAGAUAUGGAUAUGGUUGACUUAGAUUGUAAUUAUUGAACAAAGGAAACUUGCUUAGUUCCUGAAGCUGAAUAAUGGUUUGUUGUACUAUGUGCAAUAGGCCUUUCUAUCUACGUUUUCCCGCUUAAGGUUCGAUGCUUAAUGUUAUUAGCUUUUGUUCUUAACGCUGUCUAAUUAUUAAGGAAAAAAAUUUACUUGUAUAACACCAUGAGGUUGCUUACAGAAGUACAAGAUAAAGAUGAAACAUUUGCAUACAAAUGUCCUGCUGCUUUGUUUUCUGUUUUGUGUAUACAUUCUAUGAGAUUGUUUACAUCAAUGCCGUAUUGCUUUGUUUUUCUAGGGACUUGUUGUACACAUCCUUUGACUUUAAGCUAAACUAUUAAAAGCUAAAUAUUCUGUAUGCCACUUUUUCCAUAAAAUGAAACUAACAAUUUUCAAUCACAUGUUUUUGGGAUAUAAAUCUUGAAGAAAAGCCAAUGUUCUACCGUAGCCGAAUUGAGCACUCAUUACGUCUGCCUCCUUCUCUGCUUAGCCUUCGUCUACAAGAUGCAGUUAAGGGAGAGCUUGAGAAGCUAUUCUUAGAUAAGGUUAUCUCGAAUUUGGGACUUUGCAUUUCUGUCUAUGAUAUCCAAUCCAUUAAAGAUCACUUCAUCUUACCAAAUGAUGGUCAUCCAACUCUAACGGUGGUGUUCACACUGAUUACGUUUCGUCCAUUUGUGGGAGAGAUAAUUACUGCAAAAGUCAUAGAGUCUACUGCCAAUGGUUUACGUUUGUCACUGGGAUUUUUUGAUGAUAUUUAUAUACCGACUCAUCGUUUUCCUACACCAUGCCACAAGAAGGAUGACUCAAAAAAGAAUGUUGUCUUAUGGUAUUGGAAGCCUUCUGAUGAUGAAUUUUCAAUUGAUAUGAAGGACCAGAUACGAUUCCAGGUUGAAAGUGUAAACUAUCCUAAAAUUCCAAUUGAGCAGCCAGAAAACUCAAAACCAUUUGCCCCUAUGGAGGUUAAAGGGUCAAUUGAUUUUGAUGGUUUAGGGCCUGUUCAUUGGUGGCAAGAUGUAGAUGAAGAAGCUUCUUAAGCUCACGGACUCUUUAGCAAAGGCGAGCUACUUGAAUCACGAUUCUUGUAAUGGUGUUUGAAGGCAAGGAGACAAAUUUGGUAGAGCAUGUAAAUUCUUAAUUUUAGAUGGAACUUAAACCAUUUAGUUUCAAAUUCGAAGGGAGAUAUCUUUUUGGAUA